AAAGCAAUCGGGGCUGAUUGUGUGACAGCCCUCCUUCGGGAGCCGGGGGACAAGGGACAUGGCAGCUUUAUAGCUCCCUGUGCUGCCCUGACACAAACUCCCAGUGACAAGGGGACAAGGUGAAGUGUGCCAGCAUCCCUCCUUUCCCCGUCCUCAGUGGGACCGGGCGUGCAGCCCGCUGGCGGGGUUGUGAACAGCGCCUGGAUCCUGGGACACGGGUUUGUCAUGCCAGGAUGUGCCCACGCCCUCGUUGACUUGCUCGCUGUCCCUAUCUCCACUGCCUGUCCUGGCCGGAGCCAUGGGAGGAUGCUUCUCCAAGCCCAAACCAGUUGAAGUGAAAAUUGAAGUGGUGAUACCUGAGAAGGAGAGAAGCAAGGAGGAGAUGUCGCCCAACGGGAAAGCCAGCCCCCUGAUCUACAAAGUCAACGGAACUGCCCGGCAUUAUCACCUUGAGGAGCAUCCCAUUGCUAGCAAUCCCUAUCACAACCCAAAGGAUGUGGUGGAAGCAUCCGUGUGCCAUGUGAAGGACCUGGAGAACGGACAGAUGCGGGAAGUGGACCUGGGCUGUGGGAAGGCUCUGCUCAUCAAGGAGAGUGGCGAGUUCCAUGCUGUGGGACACAAGUGUCCCCACUACGGGGCUCCACUGGUCAAAGGAGUUUUGUCCAAAGGAAGAGUCCGAUGUCCCUGGCAUGGAGCUUGCUUCAACAUCAGCACAGGAGACAUAGAGGACUUUCCUGGCUUGGAUAGUUUACCCAGGUUCCAGGUGAAGAUCGAGAAGGAGAAGGUGUACAUCCGAGCGAGCAAGCAGGCUCUUCAGACACAGAGGAGGACAAAGAUGAUGGCAAAGUGCAUCUCCUUGAGCAACUACAACCUCAGCAGUACCAAUGUGCUGAUCAUCGGCGCAGGGGCAGCCGGACUGGUCUGUGCAGAGACCUUGCGCCAGGAGGGCUUCUCGGACCGGAUUGUGAUGUGCACCAUGGACAGACACUUGCCCUACGACAGACCGAAGCUCAGUAAGUCGAUGGAUUCCCACCCAGAGCAGAUCGCCCUGCGCCCCAAAGAGUUCUUCUGCACCUAUGACAUCGAAGUCCUGGCUGAAAUGCAGGUUGCGGCUGUGGAUAUCAAGAACAAGACAGCCGUGUUCAAGGAUGGAUUUAAGAUGGAAUACAACAAACUGCUGAUAGCGACGGGAAACACGCCCAAAGCUCUCAGCUGCAAAGGCAAGGAGGUUGAAAAUGUUUUCAACAUCCGGACACCUGAAGAUGCCAACCGUGUCGUGAAGCUGGCCACAAGCAAGAACGUGGUUAUCGUGGGAGCAUCCUUCCUGGGGAUGGAGGUGGCUGCCUACCUCACGGAGAGGGCCCACUCGGUGUCCGUGGUGGAGCUGGAGGAAGUCCCCUUCAAGAAGUUCUUUGGGGAGAAGGUUGGCCGCGCUGUCAUGAAGAUGUUCGAGAGCAACAGAGUGAAGUUUUACAUGCAGACAGAGGUGUCGGAGCUGCGGGAGCAGGAGGGCAAGCUGAAGGAGGUUGUGCUGAAGAGUGGGAAGGUCCUGCGUGCUGACGUCUGUGUCGUUGGUGUUGGUGCAGUCCCAGCAACAGGGUUUCUCAAGCAGAGCGGCAUCAAUAUCGACUCCAAAGGCUUCAUCGUGGUCAACAAGAUGAUGCAAACCAACAUCCCUGGAGUCUUUGCAGCUGGUGAUGCUGUCACGUUCCCGCUAGCCUUGAGGAAUAAUAAGAAGGUGAACGUCCCUCACUGGCAGAUGGCCCAUAUGCAUGGCCGCAUAGCUGCGCUGAACAUGCUGGCCCAUGGCAUGGAGAUCAACACAGUCCCCUACCUGUGGACCGCGAUGUUUGGGAAGAGCAUCCGGUAUGCAGGCCAUGGGGAAGGAUUUGAUGAUGUUGUCAUUCAGGGAGAUUUAGAUGAACUGAAGUUUGUGGCAUUUUAUACCAAGAGCGACGAGGUGGUGGCUGUGGCCAGCAUGAACUAUGACCCUAUCGUGUCCAAAGUGGCUGAGGUCCUGGCUGCCGGCAGGACCAUCCGAAAGCGUGAUGUGGAGCUGUUUGUCCAUCACGGCAAGUACGUUUGGUUUGGGGUGCUGGGUGUGCUGGGUGGGCUGGGCUGGCAGGAGGGACAGCUCAGGCUGUGUCCCUCAUUCCUACCUGGGGACACUGGUUAUGGCUGUGUGCUCUUUCAGCAGCUCCGUGCCGCAGGAGCUGCCGUGCUGGGUGGUGGAGCUGGGAGUGGCUUCCCAUGAAUUUUCA